AUGAGCAAAUAGAAGAACACUGUUUAAAUAAACUGCAUCAUCAAAUAAAUAUAUGGCCAGAAAACUAUACCUGUACAAAUUUCAUACUUCGACCUCAAGUAUAACUUUACUAGAGCUUUUUAUUAAAAAUUGGAUAUUUUGAGAAUUUUCAAAUUCAAUCCAGAUUCAUGUUUAGUAUCAGAUAUUAAGGAUAUUAAACCAUAAGCAGAUUCAGAGGUUUUCAUGAUUUCAGAAAAUAUUUUGAAACUAAUGGAAAUAAAUAGCUUGCAUUCCUUUGAGGAGGAACUUGAUAAAGUUAUAUUUGUUAAAAUUGAAAUAGUGAGCAAGCUAUUUAAUUAUAUUAUUUAAAACAAAUCAUGCUUGCCAGUAAAAUAUCCUCAAGAUCAUUAAGAGAAAACAGGCGAAUGGUAAAUCAGAGAUAUUGUUCUAUAAUACUAGUCACUUUUAAGCGCUAUGAAAGAAAAAUUUGCUAUUAAAUAUCAUGAGUCAUAGCUAACUCUAUAGUACUCAAUCACAGAUUCCAAAGAAAAAUAAUUCAUAAAAUAUGAUGAUAAUUCAAGAGAAUUGCUUAGAAAGGCGAUCUUAGAUUAGAAAAUAUAAGAGAUUGUGAUAAAAGUGCAGGAUUCUCCAAACUUAAGGGAAUAAGAAAACUAAGAUGAUGAAGUUCUUAUUAAUUUAUAAAUCUCUGAAGAAUUAGAAUAAGGUAAGGAGAGGCAUAUCUCAAAAGACAUUGGCAAGAUUCAUUUAAAAACAAGAAAAAAUUUUAUUGAGUAACUAGCCGAGAUCCUUGGUAAAAAUUACUUAGAUAUCAGUUAAAUCAUUUUAUACAGCACAAGGGACAAUAGAUUAGGCUAUCUUAAUAAAAUUGAAGAAGAAUAAUAUUUGGCAAAUCUUAUUAAAUACAGAAGUCUUAUUGUUUAUGUUGAAAAACAGUUGGGAUAGGAAAGUUUCAUUAUCUAUGCAACUUAAAAGCUGUAGCAGAUCGAAGAAAAUCAAACUAAGUUAGAAAAGCAAUCAAAUAACAUUGAAAGCAAAAUAGAUUCUCUGAUAAAUCUUUUUAAAGAUUAGUAGACGCUUUAGUAGGAAAAUCUAUAGAGUAUACUUGAAGAAAAUUAAAAGAUGAGAGAAUAAAUAGAGAUACUAGGCAAGAAAUAAACAGAAAUCCUUGAUAUAAAUAGGAAUUACUAGUAUUAAUACAAUAUUGAGACCCAGUUCUAGUAAAUGGGAACUGAAGAAUAUGAUAGUCAAGGCGUGAACGAAUCUCAAGAAAACUAAGCAAAUGGUUUUAGCGAAGAUGAAGUUCAUCAGAAUAUUUAUGAUAAUCAAGAGUUAAAUCCUGACUAAAAUGAUGAUGAAGAUAUUAUCUAUGAAGAUGAUGAAUAGGAUGAUUAAGCUGAAACAUCACUAAUAUCUGUAUAUAAAGAACGACUCUCGCUUAUAAAUCGAGAAAUUAAAACAUAUAAGUUCCCCAAAUAUAACUUUACAAUCUAGAAGCAAAUACUUAUAAGUGAUGAUCAAUCUCUCAUGAUAGUCCGCCUUAAAAAUAUUGGCAAAUAGAGUCUUCCUAAAUCAUUUGGAGUGUUAGAUCAAAAGUUAGCUUCUAUUAAUUAUUAAAAAAUUGAUCUUUAGAAAGAGGGGGAAUUCUAUUUUAUGUUUGAUGAGAUCCAAUAGGCUUACGAGUGUGGUGUGAAGCACUCCAUCGCUUUUGAAUUGAUAUCAGAAAUUGAUAAUUUAAGAAUCCAUCAUCGAAUUCUAAUUGAUAUUUAGAUUUCUAAUAGAGAUGAUGUAUUUGAGAUCAUUAAAAUUAAUUGA